UUUUGACAAAUCAAACAUUAGCCUAAAGCAAGGACAAUGAUAAGCGAUUAAUUAAAAUAUAAAUAUCGUCAUCACAAUUUAAAAGGUAAAUUAAAUAAACUAGUCUUGAUUCAUUCAAGCUGGCAUCAAAACGACUGUACGUAUUGGGCUUCCACGGCUUCUCACCAACUAUUUCCUAUCGUACUGGUUUUCGUGGCUUUUACUACCAGUGUCGUAACAAAUCGGGUAUGUCUAAUUACGUGGUGGAGGCGCCUGCAGGCCCUGGCCCGGGCGGAGCACGCAUCUCCCCUGUGAACAUUGAGAAUGCUUCAUAUUCUGUACUCAAGCGUUAUAAUGAUAUAGUUAAAUCUAAAGAAGAUAAACGGGAAUACAGAGGUCUAGAGUUGACAAAUAGAUUAAAAGUGUUGUUAGUCAGUGAUCCAAGUACUGACAAGUCUGCAGCGGCAAUGGCUGUUAAUGUCGGUUACCUCAGUGAUCCGGAUGAACUGCCAGGAUUGGCACAUUUCUGUGAACAUAUGCUCUUCCUCGGCACUAAAAAGUAUCCACAGGAGAAUGAAUAUAACAAGUUUUUAUCAGAGCAUGGUGGUUCAGCGAAUGCGUAUACAUCAACAGAUUACACUACUUUUUACUUUGAUGUGUUGCCACAACAUUUAGCUGAAGUUUUGGAUAUCUUCUCGCAGUUCUUCAUCUGUCCGCUGUUCACGGAGUCUGCGACAGGUCGUGAACUGAGCGCUGUUCAUUCUGAGCACGAGAACAACGUCUGCAACGACACCUGGCGGCUGAACCAGUUCAAUAAGAGUACAGCGGAACCUGGACAUCCUUAUACCAAGUUUGGUACCGGUAACAAGCAGACUUUGGAUGUAAUUCCAAAGCAGAAAGGCAUCGAUGUGCGCAAAGAACUGCUCAAGUUCCACCACACCUGGUACUCCUCUAACAUCAUGACCUUCGCUGUAGUUGGAAAAGAAAGUCUUGAUGAGUUAGAAGCGAUGGUGGUACCUCUCUUCUCUGCCAUUGAAGACCGCGAUGUGACCCCUCCCGCGUGGCCGCAGCACCCCUUCCCCCCCUCGCGGUGUCGCAAACGCGCCUACUGUCUGCCUGUGAAGGACCUCAGGAGUCUGUCUAUAGAGUUUCCUAUACCUGACUAUCUCAAACAUUAUAAGAGUGGGCCUAUUUACUACUUGUCACACUUGUUGGGACACGAGGGUCCAGGCAGUUUGCUCGCCGCACUCAAGGACAAGGGUUGGGUUGACAGUUUAGAGGGGGGAGGACGUACUGGGGCGCGAGGUUUCGGCUUCUUCGAGGUGCACGUCGACCUCACAGAAGACGGCCUGGAACAUGUUGAUGAUAUAGUUAAUAUGGUCUUCCAGUACAUUUCAAUGCUACGUGAAAAAGGUCCCCAACGUUGGAUGUGGGAUGAACAGAGAGAGACUUUAUCUACGGAUUUCACGUACAGAGAUGUACAGGAUCCCAGGUCUUUUGUUGUUAAACAUGUGCACAUGUUACAGGAAUUUCCAAUGGAGGACAUCCUGAGUGCAUACUACCUGUUAUCAGAGUGGAAGCCUGAGCUGAUAGAGGAGGUACUGUCCCGGCUGGUGCCGAAAAAUGUCAGGAUAGGAGUUGUCGCCAAACGUUUUGCGGACAAAUGUACUCAAGUAGAAUCUUGGUACGGUACAAAAUAUCUUCAAGAGGACAUAGAGGAUAGUAAGAUAAAGGAGUGGGAGGAAGCUCGGGCGGGUCCGGAGCUGCAUUUGCCGCAUCCCAACCAAUUCUUGCCCGAACGCCUCGAACUUGAGACCUCACACGACCCUACCGCGGACUCCAUCGCACCCAUCAUACUUAAGGACACUCCUCUAAUGAGACUAUGGUUCAAACGGGACAACGAGUUCAAGUUACCUAAGGCAUACAUAGCUAUAGAUUUGUUCAGUCCCCUGUCGUACGCGGACCCUGAGAGCUGCGCGCUGCUGUCUGUGUGGGUGUUGCUGAUCAGGGAUGGUCUGCAGGAGUACGCGUACGCCGCGGAGUUGGCAGGUCUCAGGUGGAACGUCACUAUCGCCAAGCAGGCUGUCAACAUUGUAAUCGAGGGUUACGACGACAAGCAGCACGUGUUGUUGGACAAGAUAAUUGACCAUGUGGUAAACUUUAAGACGGACCCAAAAAGAUUCAAUAUAAUGAAAGAAAAUCAUAUCAGAGCCAUUAAGAACUUUGAUGCGGAACAACCUUAUCAGCACGCCGUGUACCAACAAUCACUUUGUCUCACUGACAUGGUUUGGACUCGCUGCGAGCUGUUAGCCGCUGCUAAAGAUAUGAAUGUGGAGAAGUUGGAUGUGUUCGUGAGUCGUCUGCUGAGGAAGGUGCAUGUUGAAGCUCUGAUGAUGGGGAACAUCACCAGGGAGAGAGCUCUCAACAUGGCUGACAAUAUUGAGAACAAAUUACCAAAAGACGCCAGACCUUUGUUAGCUCAGGAAUUAAUUUUAUAUCGUGAAGUGGAAUUAGGCAAAGGUUCGUGGUUCCUCCGUAGUACAGAGAAUAACGUGCACAAGUCGUCGUGCGCGCUCGUGUACUACGCGUGUGGUCCGCGUGCAACGCGCGCUAAUGUCGCGUUGGAGCUGGUCGCGCACGCGCUCGCUGAACCAGCAUUCAAUGUUCUCAGGACUAAGGAGCAACUUGGCUACAUAGUGUUCAGCGGUGUGAGGCGCUCCAAUGGCGCUCAGGGGCUGCGGCUGGUGGUGCAGAGUGACCGCCAUCCUGAAUACCUCGAGCAGAGGAUAGAAGCCUUCCUCAAGACUUCACAGGAAGACUUGGAGAACAUGAGUGAGGAGAUGUUCCUGAAGCACAGGUCGACAUUGGCAGCUCAGAGGCUGGAGCGACCAAAGCGUAUGGCAACUAAAGCUGCUCGCAUUUGGGCUGAGAUCAUCACACAGGUGUACAACUUUGACAGGCCGCGUGUGGAAGUAGAACAAUUAAAUACAAUAACUAAAGAUGAAUUGUUACAAUUCUACAAGAAGUACAUAAGCGCAGAGUCUUGUGACAGACAGAAGUUAUCAGUACAUGUGAUAUCAACAGCAGAAGGUGGAGCAGGAGCUGAACAUACAGAAGACACAGAAGAUAAGGAAAAUCAAGAGAAUGAAUCAAAAGCAGUUCGUAUUGAAGAUUUGGUUGAGUUUAAAUGUCGCAGAAGACUUUAUCCACUUCCAACUUCUCACAUGAACAUACCUCGCAAAGGAACACAAUGCAAAUUAUAAAAUAAAUUAUUAUUUA